AUGAGCCGAGCGCCCAUUUUCUCCCUGGGACGUUGGUCACUAACCUGGCCUGGGCGUCCUCGUGAACAAAAUGAACCACGUAGGGGUUUAGCUUUAAUCGAGACACCUAUUGACGAGAAGGAUGGAGCUCCUCCACACCUUUACCACAAUUCGGACGCAACCCCCAUUGAACUGUUCUUCGAUCUUUUCUUCGUGGCAAAUCUAUCUAGCUUUACAACCACACAUGAAAUCAACAAUGUGGAAGCCCUCGGUGCGUAUAUCGGCUUCCUAGGAGUUAUAUGGUUCAGCUGGCUCCAGGUAACGCUGUACGAUGUUCGAUUUGCCCGAGAUUCGGUCUUCGAACGAUUUUGUAAGGCUGUACAACUGGGAGCUAUGGUUGGAUUUGCUUCUGCAGGCACGAGGUUUAGUACGCGUGUUCGAGACGAGAACGUAUGGGCAUUUCAGUCAUUGAGCUUCAUUCUUGGUGGAAGCCGACUCCUACUGGCUAUCCAAUAUACUGUCAGCAUCAUGUUGAUCCGAAAGCGAAUGAGAAGCUCCGCCAAAGGCUUGUGCGUCAUAGCCGCGACUCUAAGUGUUUCGAGUUUGAUAUACUUUGGGUUGUUUUUCGCCUUUGGUGAAGAAAACUCGGCUCGUUCUUACAUCUGGACAGUCUGGUUUGCGUUGUCUUGGGUUGAAAUGUGGACGGUAGUGGCAACCUCUUGCCUCACUCCCGGGAUUGGAUUCCAGGACACUCAUCUGAACGUCCGUAUGGGCCUUCUCACACUGAUAAUCAUUGGCGAAGGUGUCAUAUCCGUCACAAGGAUUGUCAAUAAAACAGUCCGGCCGGGUGGCUGGACGAAAUGGUCGUUUGUUCAUAUUCUAGGCGUCACCACCAAUGUGUACUUCAUCUGGCAGGAGUAUUUCGAUCUGACCCCGAGGCGCGCUAUGAGUACAGUUGCGCAGCAACUUUGGGCACAACUGCAUUUCCCGUUCCACGUGGUGCUCAUCCUCCUUCUAGAGGGCUCGCAGAUUCUCGCCUUGACUUUGGAUAUCACCUUAAAGCUGCAGUAUCUUGUCGAAACCAUUCUGUUUGCAUGCGAAGAACCGCGGCCGCCUCCCGAGCUGGCCAUCAGGCUACUCCGACAGACAAUAGAGGAUAUGGAAAUUGAGUAUAGCCGAGGAGCAAUCAACGAGCAAAUGGCGAUAUAUGAGAUAUUGGACGAUCUUCCGAACCAUAGGCUGUGCCCAAUCAACGGAACAAUUGGAUUCAGACUCACACAGAACCGGAUCAAUGAUCUCGUGGGCAACGUAACCUCCGCUCUCUUCUCCAGCAUGAGGAUUGUACCGCCCCGCAGUGCAAACCUCAAUCAAAUGGACAGCUCUCAGCUGUUGAGGAUGUAUGUGGAGCUUCUGGGCUUCGUAUACGUAUACUUUUUCAUUGUUGCGUCAAUCGCAAUGUUCCUUUUUGCUGCGUUUAGUUAUCUUGCCCGGCGCCACGACAAACUGUUCGCUAUGGGAGUCGGAGUGGCAGUGCGCAUUCUCUUGGGCGUCUUCCUAGCGAGCCUUACGGUUUUCGCGAAGGAUUUUGAGCUCGCAUAUUCGUUCAUGAAGUCGCCAACCAUACUAUACGCAUUCACGUUUGUUCUAUUGGCGGUGCUUUUAGUUGACCGACUUUUGGACCACUACGCUGGCUACAAGCGCGGCAUGGAUCCGACUCGACGCACCAAAGCGAGGUAA